CACCAAUCAUGUUUUGUGUUGCGAAAGAUAAUCGAGUAAGUUUUACGUAUUAAAGUCAUCGUUCAUAACCUUAAUAUUUUAGUUACACGUGGACUAUCACGAUUUUAAAUUCGAAUCUCGUCAGAUCACGACUGUUUGACGUGUUGACAAAAGAAGUGUGAAAGUGGGGUGUUUAAAGUGACCAGUUUUUUACUAACAAUAAAAGAUGAGUUCGCGUUGCUUGUUCCGCACUCUUCGCAACGCCUCGGGUUUCCGCUCGUUCUCCACGAGUGUGAAACCGGCGUUCACCUCCGACAGAUACCAAGUGCAGCGUGGUCCUUACGCGAAGAUCCAGAGCACCCACGUGUCCUUCUUCAACGAUCUACUCGGUCAGAACAGGGUGAUCUCGGACCCUGAGGAAUGCGAGAGCUACAACAUCGAUUACUCGAAGAUCGUUCGAGGGAAGAGCAGUCUGGUCUUAAAACCGAAGACCACGGAGGAAGUGUCCGCCAUAUUGAAAUACUGCAACAAGAAUCGGUUGGCCGUGUGUCCUCAAAGCGGUAACACCGGUCUCGUUGGCGGCAGUGUCCCGGUAUUCGACGAGAUCGUUGUUUCGAUGAAGCUGAUGAAUAAGAUCAUCGAAACGAACGAGCUGGCAGGGGUGUUGACCUGCGAGGCCGGCUGCGUGUUAGAGAAUCUGGACAAUCAUUUAUCGGACGUAGGCUUGAUGAUGCCGAUCGAUCUCGGCGCUAAAGGUAGUUGCUUGAUCGGCGGUUGCGUGUCGACGAAUGCUGGCGGUCUGAGGCUUCUUCGUUACGGCAAUCUGCACGGGAACGUGCUGGGUCUCGAGGCUGUGAAGGCGAACGGCGACGUGGUCGACUGUCUGAACACGCUCAAGAAGAACAACACCGGCUACCAUUUGAAACAUAUGUUCAUAGGGUCCGAGGGAACCCUGGGAAUCGUGACGAAAGUCGCCAUUCAGUGUCCACCGCUUCCCAGAUCCGUGAACGUCGCGUUUUUAGGACUUAACAGUUUCGACAAGGUCCUCAAGGCGUUUCAGCUGGCGAAGAGGGAGCUGGGGGAGAUUCUAUCCUCCUACGAGAUGAUGGAUAAGUUGUCGCUGGACGUGUCGAUGGACGCGUUCGAUCUGAAGAGUCCGCUGAUCUCGGUGCCCGGAGGACACGAGUUUUACAUCCUGCUGGAGACUUCCGGUAGCAACGUGACCCACGACGAAGCGAAGCUCGCGUCCUUCGUGGAGAAGGCGCUCGCGGACGACGUGAUCGAGGAUGGUACUCUAACGUCGGACCCUGCUAAAGUAAAAAAUAUAUGGUCGCUUAGGGAGCGAAUCAGCGAAGGAGUCCUGCGGGAAGGAUACGUAUUCAAGUAUGAUGUCUCGAUACCUCUGCCGUCUUUCUACAAAGUGAUCGAGAUGCUCAGGGACCGCGUGCGCGAUCCCCGCAUCAUAAGGAUUAGCGGUUACGGUCAUUUAGGCGAUGGAAACAUCCACGUGCAAGUUUCGAUACCAAACUAUGAGGCCGAUAUCGCGGCGCAGUUGCAGCCCUUCAUCUUCGAAUAUGUGUCCAGUCUUCGUGGCAGUGUUAGCGCUGAACAUGGCAUUGGUUUCUCCAAAACCAAGUAUCUCCAUAUGAGCAGAACAUCGUCGGAGAUCGAGCUGAUGCACGAGUUGAAGAAUAUGAUGGAUCCGAACGGCAUCCUCAAUCCGUAUAAAGUUCUAUAUCCGAUCAAGCCGGCAUCGUAAUUCAUUUUACUGCGAUAAUAAUAAUAUUAAUACUAAUAAUAUUAAUAAUAAUAAUAAUAAUAAUAACAAUAAUAAAUAAUCUUUUAGUGUAAAACAGAAGUAAAAAAGAUACUAAGACAAGAAAUACAAUUCUGUACAUACAACUUUAAAAUACUAAGAAAAAAAUAGUUCGGUUCUUAAUCCGUGAACGUUUAGAACUAUUUCCUUUUUGUGAAAUUAACGUGUACAAUAGAAGUGAUUUUUACAGCAAUUACAUAAAUUUAAAUUUUUAGCAUUAAACAUUGUAAUAUAUUAUUGAAAUGUGUAGUGAAUGAUACAUUGAUACAUUCCUGAAUCUAUUUCAUCGAAUCCUGAAUUUUAUGUGUGACAAAAGUAUAUAAAUAAUUUUGGAAAAAAAAACA